AUGUCUUAAAAUAUAUUAAAAGACAUACUUAAGCUGGUAUGAGUAAAAUACCACCUUUAUAAGUUAGAAGGACCAUCCUCAGAUACUUUCGAAGAUCUAGAUUCCUAGCUUCUGUUCAUCAAAGAUGCCAUACUCCAAAAUUUACAGAAUCAAGAUUAUCAUGAACUUGAGAAACAAGUAUAGAAGUAUGAGAGUGAAAUAAGAAAACAUAUAAGAGUAUAAUAAUAAUUAUUAUUAUUAGACUGAGUAAUAAAUUAAACUAUAUUGUGAAUAGCUCUAACAAUAAUUAGAAUAAUUUCAAUAAAAUAAUAUUAACAAGAACAUGAUUAAUGUAUGAGUUCUAUUUAUUUAUUAGUAAUUGAAGAAAGAAAUUAUAAUAUUAUAAGAGUAAAACAAACAUUUAAUAGAAGAGAAUACAUUUCUAAAGAAGAAAAUACAAGAAACAAAUGAUUUUUAACAUCAAACUAUCUCAAGCAAAUAACCUCUUAAAUUAGUUGAUUUUAUUCGGAAACAAAAACUGCCCUAUGAUAAGGAAACAUAUCUAAGUAAUACUAUUGACACUUGCUCGAUUUAUAAGAAAGAUUAAAAUAGAUAAAAUUCAAAGACCAUCUCAUAACAAAUCACUGAAUAGAAUUAAGAUCAUUGUAAGCAAUUCAUUAAUAAUUUCAAUAUUAUUUGUAACAAAUAAAAAAUUACCUGUAAUGUUAAUAGGAAGAAGAAGAGUAUUAGUGAAUAUAAACAAAUUAAAAAUAAGCUAGAGUUAUCUUCUAUUAAUUGA